AGCAAAUGAAACGUCAGACUACAACCCAUCACCUUACCAGGUUUUCAUAGAGCAGCCCUGAGUCUCUCUAAACCCCACCGCCUUCUCCAGCUUCGUUCUACUUUCUCUCUCUAGAAAAUGCGUGAGAUUCUGCACAUUCAGGGUGGCCAAUGUGGCAACCAGAUCGGGGCAAAGUUCUGGGAGGUGGUUUGCGCCGGCAUAGAUUCGACGGGUCGAUACCAAGGUGACACGGAUCUGCAACUGGAGCGGGUCAAUGUGUACUACAACGAAGUCAGCUGUGGCCGGUUCGUCCCACGCGCCGUCCUUAUGGACCUCGAACCAGGCACCAUGGAAAGCGUCCGAUCCGGGCCCUACGGCCAGAUCUUCCGACCCGACAACUUCGUGUUCGGGCUGUCCGGUGCCGCCAAUAAUUGGGCCAAAGGUCACUAUACUGAAGGGGCUGAGCUCAUCGAUUCUGUUCUUGAUGUGGUUCGGAAAGAGGCAGAGAAUUGUGACUGCCUUCAAGGGUUUACUUUUGAAAAAGAAACAAAAACACGAAGUGAAAUGAGUGGAAUCGGAAAAAGAAGACUUUGGGUUUGAAGUUUCACAUAUUAGAUGAAACUGAUUGUUGGAAUUAUAUCUUCUCUUUGAUGUUUAGUAUCAAAAUUUGGAAGGGGAUUUGAAGUUAUUGCUUCAUGUCUUUUAGACUUGUCUGAAAUCAAAAUCCAAUACUUCUGCAAUAAACAUUCUUUGGGUCAUUCUUGUUUUAGUGAAAUUAUCCCUCACUGUUGAGGAGAUAUCUACCUUUCACUUUGAAAGAAGAGGAGAUACCAUUAGGCUUUGGUAGUUAUUCAUGUAUGUAUUUGUUGUUGAGGAAAAUCACCUUAGAAGAAUUUUUUGGGACGCCUUUUCGCCAAGGUGUUGGACCUUUCAUUGCACGUAAAAUCGGAGGAGUCUCCUUGUUGCAGUGUGGCCUGAUAUCAGAACAAGAACUGGGGAUAAAUUAAAUUGAGUUGGAAGAAAAUUAAGAACAUACAACAGCUACAAAUGAUUCAAAUAAGUAAUGAAGCAGGGUGCAGAGACCACCAAAUCCCUUCCUUGAUCGGCAAAAAUAUUACGCAAUUCUAUCCAAAAUCUCAUUCCUCCCAAAAUCUCAUUCAUCUUUCAAUGUAGAUAGAGAGAGGUUGAUGAGCAUUCCACUAUUACAACAUCCAUAUGAUCCAUGUGCCUAAUCAAAAUCUUGAGAAUUGUUAGUUCAAGAUAAAGAUUUUAUAAAUUGUGGCAGUGUGGAUCUUCAUGUAUAUAGAGUGUGUGACGGGAGGGUAAAACUAUAAUAAUUCAACUACAUAAAUAAGGACAACAAUACUUGGGUCCUCCCAUUUUAUCCUCCCAAUUGAUGUGGGCCAAUACAAUUUAUACACAUGUUCAAAUUUUAAUUUUAAUUUUUUUUUUUUUUUCACAA